AUGCGUUUCUCAUCCAUCACUGCCCUUGUGGCACUGGCUACUGCAGCUAUCGCUGCUCCAACCAACACCGAGCGUCAUGUUCUCCAUGAACGUCGCUCAGUGUCGGAGAACUGGGUGAAGGGUGAUCGUGUGCACAGCCAAGUCAAGCUGCCAAUGCGUAUCGGUCUCACCCAGAACAACCUGCACAGGGGUCAUGAUAUGCUGUUGGAAGUAUCUGACCCCGAGUCCGAGUCGUACGGAAAGUACUACUCUGCUGAAGAGGUGCACGAUCUCUUCGCACCGUCCAAAGACAGCGUCGAUGCGGUUCGCAGCUGGUUGCACAAGGCUGGCAUUGAGGCCGAGAGAAUCUCGCAGUCUGUGAACAAGCAAUGGAUGCAAUUGGAUCUCAGCGCUUCGGAAGCGGAAUCACUGCUUCAAACUAAGUACCACUUCUUUGAACACGCACCAACUGGAAAGACUACCAUCGGUUGCGACGAAUAUCACGUCCACCAGGAUGUCAAGAGACACAUCGACUACAUCACCCCUGGUAUCAAGCUUCAUGCUACACGAAGCCCAGCGCCUGCUUCUGGCGAGCUCGAGAAGCGUACAUUCGGUUAUGGCAAGACUGGGUCUUUGCCACCACUCCUGAAGGACCUGCCCGACACGAUCCAGAACCUCCUCGCCCUUCCUCUCUUACAACUUUGUGACAUUGCCAUCACACCCGAGUGUAUCAACGCAAUGUACAACAUCACCAAGGCAACUUCUGCGCAGCCUGGUAAUGAGUUGGGUAUCUUUGAGGAUCUGGGAGACUACUACUCUCAAACCGACCUGGACCUCUUCUACCUCACCCUGCAACAGCGCAUUCCUAUUGGCACUGGACCGACCCUCAAGGGUAUUGACGGUGGCAAGGCACCUGUCAAUGUUGCCCAAGCUGGACCUGAGUCCGAUCUUGACUUCCAGAUCGCCUACCCUCUCAUCUAUCCCCAGAAGACUGUCCUUUUCCAGACUGACGACGCGGUCUACGAGGCCAACUACACCUAUGAGGGGUUCCUCAACAACUUCUUGGACGCCAUUGAUGGAUCGUACUGCACGUACUCUGCAUUCGGCGAGACUGGCAACAGCCCGUUGGAUCCCUCAUACCCGAAUCCUGCUCCAGGCGGCUACAAAGGCCAGUUGCAGUGCGGAGUUUACAAGCCAACCAACGUCAUCAGCAUCUCUUAUGGUGGUCAAGAGGCCGACCUCCCCGCUUCUUAUCAACAGAGACAGUGCAGCGAGUUCAUGAAACUCGGCAUGCAGGGUAUCUCCAUCCUCGUAGCUUCCGGUGACUCUGGUGUCGCAGGACCUGCUGGCGACAACAGUGACAAUGGCUGCCUGAACGGCGGCAAGGUCUUUAGCCCCGAUUUCCCGGCCUCCUGCCCAUACCUCACCACGGUUGGAGCUACAGUACUCACCGGAAACGUGAAGAAGGAUGAGGAGAGGGCCGUCCAGCGAUUCCCCAGCGGAGGAGGGUUCUCCAACAUCUACCCAAUCCCAUCUUACCAGUCCGCUGCCGUCGCCAACUACUUCGCGACAUCUCCUCCACCCUACCCUUCAUACUCCGGCAGCAGCUACGGCAACGGAGUUUACAACAGAACUGGAAGAGGAUACCCCGAUGUCUCCGCCGUCGGCGACAACAUUGUCAUUUUCAACAAGGGAGCACCUACUCUCAUUGGAGGCACCAGCGCUUCCGCUCCCGCAUUCGCCGCUAUCCUCACCCGCAUCAACGACGAGAGGCUCAAGGCAGGCAAGUCGACUAUUGGCUUCGUAAACCCAACUCUCUACAAGAACCCUCAGGUGCUCCACGACAUUACCGUUGGAAGCAACCCAGGUUGUGGCACGGAUGGUUUCGCCGUCUCCAAGGGCUGGGACCCUGUCACUGGACUUGGCACGCCUAACUACCCUGCCAUGUUGAAGCUUUUCAUGUCGCAGUAA